AUGGACUUGGGAGCCUAUUUUGUACGACAUCAUUCAGUGCGUCGUAUCCAAAGCUCAGCGCUGUGCUGCUUUUUUGUAUUUUUUGUAUUUUAUUUUUCCCUCCAAAUUCACAUUUUUGGAUGUGCUUUUCAAAAUUUCAGAAAUUAUUCUCUGUGUAAUCUAUCUACUCCGAAACAGAUGAAGAUCGCCGAGAUAUCGUCGCCGAACCACCGGCAAGGCCACCAUGACUCUCAAUUUCAGCAGCAACAUCAUCUUCAUCUCGUCUCUCAAAUCGAGUCCUCAAUCAAGCAAGCCGAAAACCUCUCGCCGGGAAAGCCAUUACCGGUAACAAUCUCCGAUGAUCUCAGAAAAUACCUUAAUCAGCUUAGCCAACUCGCUCCCUUCCCGAACUCCCUCAAGCUCCUCGUAUGGAAGCUCAGCUAUCGCCUCUGGAACGCCUGCGUCGACCUCUCCAAUGCUGCUUCCAUCCGUUCUCGUUAUCCCUCCUCCUCUUCAUCCUCCAGGAAAGAUUCCGCCAAAGAGCAUGCCAAGCUCCGCCAUAUCGCCGCCGACCUACUAGCUGUCGCCGGCUGA